ACGAAACUGUCAAGUUUUUGUUUGGUGCUGAUGUAUGUCCGAAAAAUCAGUUUUUUUCCUUUAAUUCGCCCCAAAUAGGACAAUGUUUACGAACAUUUAGCGUUAAUUUCCCCGAAAUCAUCAUGAAUCGCUUAACAAACGGCAAUUUGACGAUGCCACCGCCCGUUGUGGACAAAUCCAAAGACUGGCAGUUGGAGAUUUUAAUGGAAAAGUUGCGUUCCAAAGCGUCGCAGUACAAAAACUUGUCGGAAAUUUCGAAAAAUGUGCGAAUGGCCAUGCUUGACAAGCGCUACGCCCUCGACAGCGUCGAGAAGAGCCAACACCAGAAAUGCCUCGACACUUUGCAGCACUCCAUCAAAGUGACGUCCUUGCAGAGCAUGAUCGAGCGUUUGGAGAGUCUGACACGGCAAUUGGGGCUCAAAUUCAUGGUGGGCCCCUCGGGGGUGGAGCUCUUCAUCUCGUCCGAUAUGUUCUACUUGGAGAUCGUGCUCGACCAGACGGGGGCUGUGAAAGACGUGAAAGUGCACCAUGACAGUAAACUAGAGCAACAGAGUUGCUCUGAACUCGUCAAUUGCUUAUCUAGAGGUGACUUUGCCGACUUCACUGUGCAGUUGGAGGGCUUCGCGUCGAUUUACCAACUCAAUGCUGAGAAAAAGGUCAAGUGUAAGGCCUUCACAGCCUUGCAGUCGCUGGAGUCCGAUUUGAGCACUUUGGCCCAGUUGCAGUCUUUCAUGAAGGAGCCUUUUAACCUAUUGUAUAAGUCUCCAGUCGGCGUGUUGGAGAAGCGCCGAGGGGGGCACCCCAUGAAACUCACUUAUUUCGUCUCCCCUUAUGAUUUGUUAAAUGUUGAGAAAUGUGAUAUUGAACCGAUUACAGUCGAUGCAAUUAUUAGUAGGGCUCUGGGGUACAGUGUGACGGUGUGUAUGGAGGGCUCCGCCACUCACAAGUUGCAAACCACGACUCUCAUCACAGUCAAUAGGAAUAUUAACGGGAAAAGUACACCAUCAUUUUCAUCGUUAAGUAGCCAAAAUAGUGCUGCAAUUCCGGCCUGUUUUGUCCUCAAAUUAAAUAAACCGAUGCCAAUGUGUGUCAAUUUAGUUAGACAAAUUCAACAAGUUACUGAAUUGGACACUAUAGAACAAUCAACAACUCAUCCUUUACUUAGUUUAAUUGUACAUCAUACUAGUGAGGGGAAAAUGGAGUCAGGAAACAAUAAAGGCCUUUUUGUGACUUUACCCGACCAAACUCAUUGUUACUUCAUGACUGAGAACAAAAACAUGGAUGGUGUUUUAGUUUCAAGCAUUCCAUUUACCCAUCCGGCCCAUGUGUCCCAAAUUUUAGUAAUUUUAAGACAACAAGCUCUCUUCAAUACGAUAAUCGGCAGUUGUGUGCGUCCUAAUAGCAAACAAGAUUUUGAAAAUAUGACUAUGUUUGAGAUAAGUGCCCUUUCCUGGACCCACAUCUCGCUCUCUCUCGAGCACCCGCUUGAAGAAAGUAUGGCAACGGCCGAAAUCGACCUUAGCGACAUCUCCAAUCUGGUUUGUAAAAUUGUCAGUCCGGGGACUCCGCCCCCGCCUAACACCCCCGACACCGCCUCUGAUCUCAGCACGAGAAUUUUAAACCGAUGUUUUUCGAUUCCGGUAACAAUGCGAGCAGUUUUGAAACUAUGGGAAAAACAAGUCACCAAACGUCAUUACAACGGACAUGAAAAUUUUAGUUUACCCCUCGGUUCCGGCGACCCUGGGGGUCACAAGGGGGCCCCAGGUGGUAACUUGACGGAAUUCGGGGGGUUAGAUAAGAUUAAACAGGAGCCCCUUGGGAAUAGUAAUCAUGGUAUGAUGAUGCAAGGACAUCAAGGGAUGUUUUUAAACGAAUCCAUGAUGGCAAAUAGCAACUUUCAAAAUUUUCAAACAGGUGAAGGUAUGCUCACUAGUAUGGAAUUGACUAGUAUACUAGCAGGGGGCAACCAAUCGGAUAAGAUAAAAAGACCCCACAAACGUAAAUCGGACGAUUUGUGGAAAAACAAACGAAAAUUGGGCGAGGGGGCCGACUCUGACCUUCUCGUCGAAACAUCAAGCAGUGAUUCAACAUCACGAAGUACCCCAAUCUCACAAGAAAAUGAAAUUGCGACCCCAAAUUCAGGAUUGGAGUUUCAUUCAGACCUCGAACUGAUGAGUGGGCUUGAUCCUGCUGAAUUAUUAGCCGAGUCGGAUAAAGUUGGGGGCGAAUUUGGGACUUUAGAUGAAUUGGGAGACGUAGAGGAGAUGUUAGCGGGGCCGUCAAGAAGAAAAUCACAUGAUCAGAAAUCACCAACUAUUAUGAUUGAUUUGGGGGAAAAAAAUUUGGUACCACCCAGUGUCAGUAUUACACCGAUUCCGAGUACUUCACCGGGGUUUAAUCAGGGAGGUAAUGCGGAAAAAAGGCCCGGGAUUGAGAUUAUAGCCCUUGCGACGUCAGCCGCCACCGCAUUGCCCAGUUCUAUCACCAUUACCCCCAUCACGACGUCGCAAAGCAAGGGGGAGGACAAGAAUAGGGAGAAGAAAAGUAGUAAAAGCAGAUCGGAUGAUAAGGGCCGCCUUGAGAAGAAGCGGAAGCGAAAGCGCGACGAGAGCCCGAUGGGUCCGCCGGAUAAGGUACCCCCGAAGCAGGACCCCCUCACCAAGCCUGUCACUGUUAGUAUAAAACCGGCCGAGUCUCCGCCCCUCAAUAUGAGUACACCGACGAGUCCAAGCAUGAUGCGAAAAUUCAACGCGUCGCCCACUCAAAAUCGUAAUAUUUCCAUGAGUGGUAAACUGAGUCCCAAUCUUAUGAAACCGACUCUUAAAACCGGUUCAUCGCAUCACAGUCCAAAACAUUCACCUGCUCAUGUUCCGAGUAGUCCUAAACAUAUAAUUCCCGGUAUUUCGAGUCCUAAAAGUCACGGGACUUCCCCUAAACAUCCAUCGACUAGCGGUUCCGGUAAGCCAAGUAUGUCGACUUUGAAAAGUGCCGCAAAUUCACCGAAAAAUUCCGAUUCGAAAACGAAAUCAACAUCGAAGGAUUCGUCGCGGGAUAAAGAGAAGAAAAUUUCGGGUGUGUUUAAUGUUGCUUCGAAAAAUAAAUCGUCAGUGAAAGUGAAACCGUUGGAUUUGAACACUGAGAAUUUAAGUGGGGUUCAGGAUGGUUUACCGUCGCCGAGUUCGACGGAUUUAUCGAAAUCGGCGAUUUCGAAUCAAGUGCGAAAUCGAAAAGGCUCACUUUCGGCGAUUGUCGAUAAGCUAAAAUCAGCGCAACAUUGCGACGGAGUUACGGAUUUGAGUAGUAAGGGGGCUAGCAGUGGGGGGAAUAAAGACAGAAGUGGGCAAGUUUCAACGAAAUUAAACGAGGGAAAAAGUGGUAAAAUUGGUGAAACAAAAAAUUCAGAAUAUAUGGUUAAACCGAGUUCGGACGGCAUGAAAAUCACUAUAAAUAAAACAAGAAGUAAAGAAAGUAAAAAUGUGAGUAAAUCAGGCUCGGGAUCACCCAAGACUCACACCGGUUUGAAACCGGGGGUUAAUAGUGGACCAGCAUCGAAAAAACCCCAACAUUUGGGACAAAAAGUAGUGAAUUCGACAAGUGGCGCCACCAAUUAUUCGAGUUUGAAGAGUAAAGCCCCGUCGGGGGCGAAAGUCUCAAGUGGGCCAUCGAAAUUGACAAAGUUGAGUAAUUCCCCGAAAAGUGCAACUGAUUUGAGUCGAAAAGAUCGUCCAAAAAUUAACAAAAGUAGUUCCGAAAAGUCGAUUUUUACCUCGAAAGAUGGCCGAAAAUCGAGUCCAACGUCAAAUAGAGAUGAGAGCGAUGGUGUUUAUAAAAUGUCAAAAAUGGAUCAUUAUAAUCCACCCUCAAUCGUCGAGGGUUUAAUGACUGUACGUCAAUUAGAUAAAAAUUUCCAGAUUCCUAAAUUAUCGGCUCGAGCCUCAGUCGACGAUAAAAAACCCAAAGUCACUUCUGACAAUUUAAACAACAUCAAUCGGACUGUCGAUACGAAAAUUUUCGACAUGAUGAACAAAACCGACCUCAAAUAUCCUCUCGCCAUCCCUCAAAAAACCUUCGAUAAUUCCGUCGAUGCGAAAUUAAGGAAUAACGUGACCCCCACUCUCCCCCUUCCUAGUUCUAGUCCGAAAUUGAAAGAAGACGACGAUAAAAAGGACCAACCACAGAAUCUCGUCCAAUCCAAGGACGACUCCGCCUACAAAGUGAAUUAUCCAAUUGCCGUAUCGAAAUCGGUGCUCCCGCCCAUUUCCGAACCUUUAAACCUCUAUACGAAAAGCAUCGAUUUGACGUCGAAAUUUGUUGCGCCCGCCCCCAAAGACGACAAAAAGGAUGUAACGAAGAAAAACGACGAUGUACUUUUAGAUUUUUCGGCGUCGGGGAAAAUCGACAAAGGUGGGGGUGGGGUGAAUUUUCCGCAAUCGCCUUCGGUUAGUGUUCAUAUAGUUAAGUCGCCGGCGCCUUCGCCCCUUAUAGCCCCUAGUCCGCAUUCGGCCUCGCCGUGUAUUACGGACGAUGAAUUGAUGGAUGAAGCGGUGAUAGGUAUAGGAAAAUAGAAAGUGAGGUUAAGGUAAGGCCGGACUUUACCUCAAAUUCGGUGUAAAUAGUGAAGUUAGGUCCGCAAUUUUUGCUCGCACCCUCUAUAUACAGUGCGAUUGAUUGAUUGUGAGGUGUCUUCCAUUCAUAAAAUUUGAGAUAGGAAAAAUAUUAUUAGGUCUUCCUUUUUUUCAUUAAAGUCAUCGACCGAAUGAUUCAAUUGUGUAUAUUAUUUUUUCAAAUCGCACUGUAUAUACAAGUGUCCUAAAAGUAAACCGCCAUACGUCAACCAGUGAUAGAAAACGUCGUUUGACAUUUUUUAUCCUUGGAUGACAUGUGGGACACCUGUAACUUGCGAUGUCGGUAAAAGCGAUGUCUUCGUUAUCGGUCCGAAUUGAAUCCGAAUUGUCCCGAGUCGGCGCUGUAAAUAUUUUAGUGGUGUAAGAAAAAUCGCCGUCAGUAUUAGAAUGAAUUUUCGGGUUUUUUCUUGUGUAUAUUUUAUGCAUUUUAAUUUUUUUAUCAAGCACUGGUAUUUUUCUUUAGAUAAUUUUCCUCUAGCAUAAAAUGUUUGUAGGGAAUUUACUAAUGAACAAGUAAUAAUAAUGUAAAGAGUAGGUACAAUUAGGUAAUCGCAGUUACAUAAAAUAUUUAUUGAAAGAAAAAGAAUUAUUUUGUGUUGUGCAUAUCAUAGUACAAAACAGAGCCUCGAGAGAAUUAAUUAUCUCAACGAGUGGCAUAACAUAAUUAUGAAAUUCUGUAUAAAAAUAGAUUAUUUAUAAUAAUUGUUGUGUUUUUACCAAUGUGCCUGUCUUAGUUUUGCUACAGCUUGGAUAAAAUUAGAAUGACUUGCAUAUAAAUCCAAUUUUGAGUCAAUAUCAA